GUUCAUCUCAAAUUACAGUGUCAUUGUUCCGGUUUCGUCUGAAAGUAUCUCGUCCACUGAAGUUAACACACUCACAAACUAUCAAAAUGAGGGAGAUUGUGCAUUUGCAAGCUGGACAGUGCGGAAAUCAGAUUGGUGCCAAGUUCUGGGAGGUGAUCAGUGAUGAGCAUGGUAUUGACCCAACUGGCAGUUACCAUGGCGACAGUGAUCUCCAGCUGGACAGGAUCAAUGUUUACUAUAAUGAAGCCAGCGGUGGAAAGUACGUUCCCCGUGCUGUGCUUGUGGACCUGGAACCUGGAACAAUGGACUCUGUAAGGUCUGGACCAUUUGGCCAAAUCUUCAGACCAGACAACUUUGUGUUCGGUCAAAGCGGUGCUGGCAACAACUGGGCUAAGGGCCACUACACAGAGGGAGCAGAACUCGUGGACUCAGUUCUUGAUGUGGUCAGGAAGGAGGCCGAGAGCUGCGACUGCCUGCAGGGCUUCCAGCUGACACAUUCCCUGGGUGGUGGUACUGGCUCUGGCAUGGGUACCCUGCUCAUCAGCAAGAUCCGCGAGGAGUACCCUGACCGCAUCAUGAACACCUUCAGCGUGGUGCCUUCCCCCAAGGUGUCCGACACAGUGGUAGAGCCCUACAACGCCACACUAUCCGUUCACCAGUUGGUUGAGAACACAGACGAAACCUACUGCAUUGACAAUGAAGCACUAUACGAUAUCUGUUUCCGCACUCUUAAACUGACCACUCCUACAUAUGGUGACCUCAACCACCUUGUCUCUGCCACCAUGAGUGGAGUCACCACUUGCCUGCGCUUCCCUGGUCAGCUUAAUGCAGAUCUCCGUAAACUCGCCGUCAACAUGGUGCCCUUCCCACGUCUGCACUUCUUCAUGCCUGGCUUCGCACCCCUUACAAGCAGAGGCAGCCAGCAGUACAGAGCCCUCACUGUACCAGAGCUCACCCAGCAGAUGUUCGACGCCAAGAACAUGAUGGCUGCCUGUGACCCACGUCAUGGCCGCUACCUCACAGUGGCUGCAGUCUUCCGUGGACGCAUGUCCAUGAAGGAGGUGGACGAGCAGAUGCUCAAUGUCCAGAACAAGAACAGCAGCUACUUCGUGGAAUGGAUCCCCAACAAUGUGAAGACCGCUGUCUGUGACAUCCCACCCAGGGGACUCAAGAUGGCCGCCACCUUCAUCGGUAACAGCACUGCCAUCCAGGAGCUGUUCAAGCGCAUCUCCGAGCAGUUCACUGCCAUGUUCAGGCGCAAGGCCUUCUUGCAUUGGUACACAGGAGAGGGCAUGGAUGAGAUGGAGUUCACAGAAGCUGAGAGCAACAUGAAUGACCUGGUGUCUGAGUACCAGCAGUACCAGGAUGCCACAGCUGAGGAAGAGGGCGAGUUUGAGGAGGAGGGAGAAGAGGAGCUUGCUUAAGUUGUCUGUCAUUUUCCAUGUUUCCCCCUUAUUCCAUCUUUGUUUUGUUUCCUAAUUUCUAACUUCACAUUUUGUCACUGAAGACCUUCCGGUGUACCACCUGUGUUAAUGUCAAUAAAAAAAGAAAAUCCAAA